AUAAAUAUUACAAUCACAAAAUGUAAAUUUCCAAGACCCGAAGACAGCGUUCAGUGUUGAAGGAUUCCUCGAAACGUCGAUUCUAUUUGAAAUAUAUUCUUAAUGACUGUUGUAUUUUAUUUAUAAUACUGUGAACAACAUUCAUUAUAAUCAAAUAUGAUUCUUACAUUUAUUAGUGUGCAAGCUUUGAGACAUGAAAUAAAGAGAAUUCCAACAUUUUUAUUUCGUAGUAAAACUAGCGAAGCGUGUGCUCUCAAUGAAUUAGAUAAUUCGAUAGACUCAGACAAGCCAAUUGACAUUAAAAAUCCAUAUGAAAAAGAACGACGAUUGUGUAUUUUAUGUAAACUAAAUAUUAAUCCAGAUUAUAAAAAUGUACGUUUAUUAUCUCAAUUUCAAAGUCGUCAUACAGGUAGAAUUUAUGAAAAACAUAUAACUGGAUUAUGUGACAGUAAACAGAAAAAAGUGGAACAUGAGAUAAACAAAGCACAACAAUGUGGUUUAAUGGGUUACAUGACUAAGGACCCUAAAUUUGUUAAUGAUCCAAUGUUAUUUGAUCCUAAUUAUCCAUUUAAGCCUCAUAAAUAUUAAAUGUAAAGUACAAAAAUUGUAGGCAUUCACAUUUCUACUGAUCCAUUUUUAUUUAAGAUAUGUACAUAUGUAUUAUAAAAAUAUAAAAAUAAAAUAAUUACAAUACAAAUUA